AUGGCCAACUUUGGAGGACACGCUAUUCCUGGCUCUUUUUUCCUGCUCUAUGGCUUUUGGCUAACGGUGAAAUACGUUCUCCAACACUACUGGAGGACAAACCAGCCUAAAGGACGGCAGACUUUGCCGCCAAUCUUUAAAAGACUGGACUACAUUGAAGGAGGGUUCCAGAUAUUUGCUGCUUUUGUUGGUAUUAUGGUUGAGCAGUUUGUGGUGGAUGGGCCACAUGCUCAUCUCUACAACGAAGGCGGGUGGAUUAAGUUGAUGAACUGGCAGCACAGCACAAUGUAUCUGUUCUUUGGGAUUUCUGGAAUAGCUCUGAUUUUAAGUACAAAAUUCCAACUGGUGCCAAGAGGAGUGGGCCGCUUUGCUCUCUCGUUAGCUCUUUUUGUUGAAGGGUUUCUGUUCUACUACCAUGUGCACAAUCGACCUCUUCUGGACGCCCACAUCCACUCCCUGCUCCUGGUGGCGGUGUUUGGAGGCUCAGCCAGCAUCAUGCUGGAGAUGUUCAUAAGAGACAACAUUAUUUUAGAGCUGUUCGGGUCAUGCAUGUUCAUCCUACAGGGCUCGUGGUUCUACCAGAUUGGAUUCGUACUUUACCCACCAAGUGGAGUGGAGUGGAACUUGACCGAGCACGCCAACGUCAUGUUCGUCACAAUGUGCUUCUGCUGGCAUUUAGCUGUGGCCCUGCUUUUAGUCACUUCCACUGCAGCUGUAGUUUGGUUGACUGUGGUGCAAUUCUCGGCAAGGGGACGAGACAUAGAGAUCGGAAUGCGUAACACAUCCUCUGAAUUGACCUCUCAGAAAGCUUUGCUUCAAGAGUCAGAUGAAGAAUGAAGGCACGUUUAUGGCUCUUUGAUUUUAUUUUUCAAAUGUUGAUCUAUUUCAUCUAUUUUUAAAAACAUGUCUAAAGAAAAUAAGAUUGAAAUCCAUGUGAAUUAACUAUGAUUAUCAUGUUUGUAAAUAUUAAAAAGGACAAUUCAUAUUUGUGUAUAGCCUGCUUUUACAAAAAAUGCAAUAUAUUGAAGUAUUUUAUUAACAGAUCACAACUUGCUUAUAUUAAACUGAAUUAGUACUUUAAUACAAUCUGACAAGUUGUUGUUUGAGGUUAUCAAGAGACCAUGUAGACUUUUCAGUUUUCCCACAAACUUGCGCCUGGAAUUUAUAUGGAAAGAUUAUAAACAGGCUGAAUUUUCUUAUGAUAUAUUUUGUUUAUAACAAUGUGGAGAAACAAAUUCAGGAGGUAACAUUUUGUUAAUAAAUGACCAGAAUUUUCAUGUAAUACUUACAACUUGGAGAAAAAGAAAAGAAAGCCAACAGGGUUUUCAGGGAACAAUUAGGUUUCUGGCUUUUAUGUUUUUUAACUUGCAAACUGAACUAAAACUCUGAUAAAUAUUGGACAAAAACAAACAA